CAGCGAGAUGAAGAGCAUCGCCGAUCCGUCAUCAUGUGCACCGGGCUCCGACGGACCGCCUGCCUGUUGCGCCUCACCGCAAUCUGCGUCUUUCUCUCCCACACGGCCGCCUACUUCGGGCUGACAGGUCGGGAGCCCUUGGUCUUUCUACCGGGUCCCUUCUCCAGUGAUCCCCCAUCGGGCAAAGCGCACCUGAAACAAUGCGAGCAGCUGAGCUUGACCCGCCGACAGAAGCGUUUGUGUCGCCGGGAGCCUGGGCUGGCUGAAACGUUAAGAGAGUCGGUUCGCCUCAGCCUCUUGGAGUGUCGGUACCAGUUCCGCAAUGAACGAUGGAACUGUAGCAUGGAUGGCCGUGGCAGCCUCUUGAAAAGAAGUUUCAAGGAAACGGCAUUCCUCCUGGCCGUGUCUUCCGCAGCAUUAUCUCACGCACUGGCGAAAGCCUGCAGCUCGGGGCGCAUGGAGCGCUGCACGUGCGACGACUCGCCCGGCCUGCAGCACCGCGAGGCCUGGCAGUGGGGCGUCUGUGGGGAUAAUUUGAAGUACAGCACCAAGUUCCUCAAAAAGUUCCUGGGCCAGAAACGGGUUAGCAAGGACUUGAGGGCCCACAUCGACUCCCAUAAUAUCAAUGUGGGGAUUCGGGCGGUGAAGAGCGGCCUCAAGACCACCUGCAAGUGCCACGGCGUGUCGGGCUCGUGUGCCGUGCGCACCUGCUGGAAGCAGCUGUCGCCCUUCCACGACACGGGCCGCCUGCUCAAGUUCCGCUACGACACGGCCGUGCGGGUCCUCAGCGCCACCAACGUCGCCACCGCCGGGGACGUGGAGCUCUCCGGAGGCGGCCACCGCAGGUACCCCUCAGCCGCCCCCUCCGGCUCGGGCACCUCAGGGGGCUCCGGGGCCGCCAUCGCCGCCAUGACGCCCCGGGCACGCCCCACCGAGCUGGUCUACCUGGAGGAGUCGCCGAGCUUCUGCCGGCAGUCGCGCUACUCGCCGGGCACAGCGGGCCGGCCGUGCGCCAAGGACACCAGCUGCGGCAGCCUGUGCUGCGGGCGCGGCUACAACACGGCGCUGCGCCUCACCACGCUCUCCUGCCACUGCCAGGUGCGCUGGUGCUGCCACGUGGAGUGCCAGACCUGCCUCCGCGAGGAGGAGGUGUACACCUGCAAGAAACACUGACCGAGGGGACGAGAGGGACC